UACAACUCUGUUAGUUUGCUGAGAAGUUGUGUUUAUUUCACAGCAAGAUAGUACGUGCUUUUUGUAUAGUUGUUUAAAAUAAUAAAAUGAACAUGCUCGAUGACAAAGACACAGCUACAUCAAUUAGUUUGCUUAUUUUACAAGAACUAAAACUUAUACGGCAGGACAUGAAAAAUGAACUGACAAAAUUGAGACACGCUUUUUGUAACAAGUAUAAAAACAACGAAAAGGGAUGUGGCUUAUUAGUAGGAAAUGGUUUAGAACUGGUUUCUGCCAAUGAAAGAAAUUCAAAGGAAAUAGGCCUAUUAGAAAAUGGUCCAUUGAACAGUGAGGAAAGUUCACGAAAAAGCUCUAAUGAGCAGUCAUUAAAUGCACCUGAAACUAUUGAACAAAAUGCACAACAUAUGUGUGAUGAAUUGGAUAUAAAACACGAAAUUUUACAAGAUAUUUCUGAGAAUUCAUGCAAUGAUGAAGAAUACAGUGAUACUACUGUUGGAAAUAUGUUUAAAAGUUUCGAACCAAGUCCGGGUACGGAUACAGACAGUAAUGAUAUUGAUAUUUAUAUAGCAAGUUCCAACACCGAGUCCAUUUCUAAUGAGGAUACAGAAUUAAACAUGGGGAAAAAUGCUGUAGUUCCAUUUACAUUACCAAUAGUCACAACAACUUAUCAGCCAAGUAAAGAAAAUUUUAUCAUUCACACAGAAAAUGCAUUAAGUGCUGAAAAAACAUCAAAAGAAUUUGAACAUAAAAACUGUGAAAAUCAACAAAAUUUUUCGUUCGGUAGUAAAUUGAAAUCGGCUGGUUUAAAUGAAGAGAAAUUUAAAGAAAUCAGUCUGUUUGAAAGUUCUUCAAUAAACAGAGAUGCUGAACUUCAAAUUGCAUGUGUGUAUGGUAACCUUAAACCAAAUACCAGCAUGGCUACCAGUUCUAAUGCAAAAUGUAUUUCUGAUAUGAAAUCAGAUUCUAAUUUGGACACAGUUUCAAAUUUCAACCAAGAUUUAAACAUAGAACCAAAUGCUAUGAUGGCGACACAAAAGAAACAAAAUAGAGAACUUUCCAAAAAAAACGUUCGAAGAAAAUUUAUUCAAGAUACCCCAAAUACAGCAAAAGUCACUGAAGAAUUUGGAUCACAAUUUAGACCAUUUUGCUACGACCAAAAUACAAAUGAUAGCGAAUUAAGCUCAUUGUCUAUGCAAUAUUAUUAUGACAAUUUUAAUGCAAAAAACUCACUGGAAGAUUUUAGAAAUGUUAUUACUGCAAUUGAUAGCGAACAUAAGAAAGUACGACCUCAAUGCAAACAAUGCGGAAAAGAUUUUGAUUCCUAUUACAAAAAGCGGCGUCAUAUCGCGUUAACCCAUCAUUCUAAACCGAAAUUUGUUUGUUCAUACUGUAAACAAGUUUUUAUUUGUAAACCCCAUUUGACGGUUCAUGUGCGACGAAAACAUACCGGCGAAAAACCUUUUUCAUGCCUGAAUUGUGGUAAAAAGUUUACUUGUAUUAGUGAUUGCAAUCAGCACAUGAAGAGCUUGAAAAAUUGUCACUAGUAUGAAAACACAACUGUAGAAUUAAUAUAGUAGGGUGGAGGAAGACUACACACCUUUUCAUUUCAUUUUCUCGUCUCAUUUGGUAGUAAACAAAGAACAAUCAAAGAAUUAUAAAAUCCUAUCUUCACGGCUCCCAUAGACCGUUGUUAAUUGUUUAAAAUAAGAUUUGGAUAUUAUGUGGUAAAGGUGUCCUGUCUCCCCCACCCUACUAUAUCAUUUUUUUUACCUUUCCACAAAUUUAACUGCAUGUGAUUUAAAGUGAUUAUUUUCAGAUACGUUUGAUGCCUUUCUUGCAAAAUACUGUUGCAACUUUGUGUGUUUAAUAUAUUCUAUUCUAAAUGGGUUAAGAGUGACAUAGGUCAUAAGACCUAACCUAUGAUUUAGGCCUGAGUUGGGCCAUUAUCACAACAUUGUUUAUGCACAUUCUGUUCUAAAUGAAUGAAUGUAACUUA